AACCUGGCGGCGACGAAGCUCACCUAUCGACGCACGCAUGCGCAGACUGAGUCCGACGUCACACAGGCAGCAGGCAGGAGCCGCCGGGGGGAGAGUUCGGGAGCUGUCGUAUUUUUCUUCUACUUCAAAGAUUUAUCUUUUUAUUCCACGAUGUCAGGGUUUGACAGCAACCCGUUCGCUGACCCGGUUGACGUGAACCCCUUCCAGGAUGCCUCAGUCACACAAGCCAUCAGCAAGGUCAAUGAAGGCACCGGAGAGAAUAACCCAUUCUCUGCAACUGAAAUGGGAAAAUACACUGGAACAACCAUCCCGGCCUCGGCUGCCUCCUCGUCCCAACCCGCUGUACUUCAUACUUCUGUGGAACAAACUCCACAAGCAACCGCAGUAGCUGGUCAGGCUAACCUGCUCAAACAGCAGGAGGAGCUGGAGAGGAAAGCUGCAGAGCUGGAGCGAAGGGAGCAGGAGUUUCAGAACAGGAGCACAAACAGAAACCUGAACUCAGGAGAUAAGGACAACAACUGGCCACCUCUUCCAAACUUCUUUCCUAUAAAGCCGUGCUUCUAUCAGAACUUUGAGGAAAUCCCAGAAGACUACCGCAGAAUCUGCAAGAGAAUGUAUUACCUCUGGAUGUUCCACGGCGCCACACUCUUCCUCAAUGUGCUGGCUUGUCUGGCUUAUUUCACCGCUGAUGCUACUAAAGGUGUGGACUUUGGUCUGUCCAUCCUUUGGCUCAUCCUCUUCACCCCUGUGUCCUUCGUCUGCUGGUACAGGCCAGUUUACAAAGCCUUCAGGUCUGACAGCUCCUUCAGCUUCUUUUUCUUCUUUUUUGUCUUCUUCUUCCAAGUGGCAGUGUACAUUAUCCAGUCGGUGGGGAUUCCCUCAUGGGGAAACAGUGGAUGGAUUGCAUCAAUUAGCAUGAUUGGUUCAAACUUGGCGGUCGCUGUGGUUAUGAUGGUAGUGGCUGGUUUUUUCACUGUCAAUGCUGUUCUGGGUGUCAUCCUGCUGAAAAUGGUCCACUCCAAGUACAGAAGGACAGGUGCGAGCUUCACCAAAGCUCAGCAGGAGUUUUCCCAAGGAGUCCUGACCAACCGCACCUUCCAGACCGCUGCAGCUGGUGCUGCCACCUCUGCUGCCCAGGGGGCUUUUAGCAGUAACUAAUGGAAUGAAACUGCUCCAGAAGUAUCUGCAGCACUCAGGCUUGUAUGUUCUGACCAGCAAGCCCUGACUAAACAUUAUGAUUAUUCUUAUGGAACAGAGGUUUCAACUUUUAACAGAAAUUUGCCAAAAAAAAAAAAAAAAGAAUAAUUCACUACUACAAUCUUCAUUAUAAAAUGUAGAAAUUUUUUAUCUUAAACACAGAAUUGCAAAGAACAAUGAAUGACCAUAUGGGGCUUAAACAAGAAGUUAUGUUGAUGCAGACAAUGCCUUGAACAUGGUUCAGUUGUUUUGAACUCUGGCCUUUAUCAGUGUGCAAUAUGUUUGAAACCCAAACAGCUACAGAUGGUUGCAGAUUGAAAGUGCUCCAGCAUAGGAGAGGCUGGUUUGAAAAAAAAUCUUUCAUUUAAAUCUCAGCACUCAAUUUAGAAACACCAUAACGAGGCCUUAAGAACAAACUACAUGCAUUAGUGUGGGGUUAUUAGUAAAUGAUUGAGCUACACCACAUAGUAUGCAGAGCCUAUAAGGCAACCUGGGUAUCAUUCUGAUCUGACUAUUAGUACUUAUAGAAGUCCAUAUACCAGGCUAGAACCUUUUUAUGAAUUUUCUGUUACUGUCUUUUUCUCCUUACUAAAUUUGAUGCUUUUAUGUAUAUAAGACAUGUACAUGAGUUGAUGACUAAUGAAGGUGAUGGGAUGAAGGUUUGUCUUUGUUCUCUUCUAAUUAGUUAACUGAGUUUUGAGAAUGUGUCUAAAAGAUAAAUGAAGAUUUGAUUUGGUCGGGGAGUGGCUGCUGUUUUUUUUUUUUAUUCAAUAUUGAGUUGUGAAGGAAACCUUUGUUUUUAGUUGUAAUUAAGUCUUGCUGUAAUUACAAAGUAAUGCAUUCAGGUUUGGUGCAAUAUUGGAUUUAAGUGCAUUAAUGAGCUGAAAAAACACAAUACUUAUAGUCCACAUAACCGCUUGUUACUUGAUGGGUAUUAAGAUUUAUAAGACUUGACAUCUAAAUAUACAUAAAACUGACCACUUCUAUAUUUAUGCUACACUGAAUCUCAUUGUUUAGACAUUACCUUUGUGCCUUUUUUAAGUAUUCAUAGUCUUAUCUGUUUUGUGUAAUAGCUACAAACUGUCUUGGUGUAGUUUCCCUGUCAUGAUCAGAAUGUUUAUUAAAUGUGUUGUACAUAUGUUUUUGUUUUGUUUUUUUUAACUAUAUUUACUGGAUGGGUAUUUGUUGGAAAUGGUCCUGUCUGAGCAAGCAAUAAACUCUUAUACGUGAAUUCAAA